CCCGCUGGGACCCUACUGUUGCGGCUAGUCCUCAGCCAGCCCCCCGUCAGUGCUCCAUCGCCUGCCUUUCGGUUUCCGCGACUCGACCACGACAAUGCUGUCUUCCAGUCGGGCCAUGUUGCGGCCUGCUUCCAGGUCUCGCCCGAUGGCAAAUGCCGUGCGGGCUAGAGCUUGGGCUCAGCCCCUCGCUCGUCGUCUGCUCUCGACCGAGUCGAGCGCCGGCGCACCCGCUUCUUCGCGGCUCACCACUGCAGUGAAGUAUGCCAAUCGCGGUUUCUGGCUCACGGUUGUGGUCGGUCUCGGAUCGUUCUACUACGUCACCACAAAAGAUCGCAACCCCGGCCCUCAGUUGGCGCACGAUCCCACCAAGAAGACGGUUGUCGUGCUUGGUAGUGGGUGGGGUGCGACCAGCUUCCUCAACACUCUGGAUACGACGGAAUACAACGUGGUCGUCAUCAGCCCGCACAACUAUUUCUUGUUCACGCCCCUGCUGCCCAGUGUAGCUGUCGGCACCUUGAGCCCACGGUCCCUUCUCCAACCUACACGAUACGUUACACGACACAAGGCCCGUUCCGUCAAAGUCAUCGAAGCCGAGGCUCAAUCUGUUGAUCCCGUCAACAAAACGGUCUCUUUCAUAGAUAACUCGGACAUCCAGGGCUCUGUCUCGUCGACCACGAUUCCUUAUGACUAUCUUGUUUACGCUGUUGGUGCCGAAGUGCAGACCUUCGGAAUUCCCGGUGUUCAAGAGCACGCUUGCUUCAUGAAGGAGCUCCAGGAUGCCGAAAAGUUCCAGCGUGUCUUCCUGGAUUGUCUCGAAUCGGCUGCCUUCCCCGGACAAUCUGAAGAGGAGAUCAAUCGGCUGUUGCACAUGGUUGUCGUUGGAGGUGGACCCACUGGUGUUGAGCUUAGUGGCGAGCUCCACGAUUUCCUCGAAGAGGACUUGAAAUCCUGGUACCCUGAACUGGCUGGCAAGAUCAAGAUCACACUCGUGGAGGCCAUGCCCUCUGUGUUGCCCAUGUUCAGCAAGCAUUUGAUUGAUUACACGGUAUCGUCCUUCAAAGAGGACAAGAUCGACAUCCGCACACAAACGAUGGUCAAAGAAGUCAAGCCUAAGAGUGUUGUAGUGGCACUGCCGGACAAGACUGUCGCUGAAUUGCCGUGUGGGUUGGUUGUCUGGGCUGGUGGCAACAAGGGCCGCAAGAUUACCCAGGACCUGAUGGCAAAACUCCCCGCGGACCAGACUAACAAGCGCGGUAUCACAAUCGAUGAAUACCUCCAGAUGAAAGGCUCGAAUGGAAGCAUCUUCGCGAUCGGAGACUGCACUUCCUCUUCGCACGCCCCGACUGCCCAGGUUGCCAACCAGCAAGGGGCCUACCUCGCCAGAAUCUUCCCGCAGAUCGUUCAGCGCGACGAGCUGCAGGCCAAUCUGAACGAGCUGGAAUCUGGCCUUGCGACUAUUCUGAAGGAGGACGAUAAGAAGCAGGUCAAGGAUGAGGCCGACAACGUCCAGCGCCAGUUGAGCAAGAUGAAGAUUCGGCCUUUCACCUACUCGCACCAGGGCACUCUGGCGUACAUUGGCUCAGACAAAGCCAUUGCCGAUCUGUCUUUCUUCAACAGGAGUUUUGCAAGCGGUGGCUUGCUGACCUAUUACUUCUGGAGAAGCGCUUACCUCAGCUCUCUAUUCUCGUUGAGGAAUCGUGCUUUGGUAGCAGGAGAUUGGCUGCGGACGAAGAUCUUCGGCCGUGACGUGAGUCGGGAAUGGACCCGAUAGAUUGAUUCGUGAUAUCAGCAAGACCAUAGACUCUAUCUUACUUCUAUCAAUGUCGGAUCCCGGUAUGUCUAAUGUCGUCGUCCCGCUAGAGCCAUAGACGCUGUAGAACAUUCGCUGAAUGUGUUAUAUACAUAAGCACGACUCGGCCGUUGCUAUCUUCCUGCAUCUGUGUGCCUUUCGACAUGUCGACAGUCCUAGCGAUGUCAGCAGCUCAAAAUAACAGACUCGCUUAUGGUCGGUAGGGUCUUCUGAGUCUGGUCUCGAGAACUCCUUCUCUGGUGCUUAUGGUUGGCUGAUUAUACAACGUUCUCGCUGUCGUCAGCCCAUUUGAAUAGUAGAACCAGUUCGAAUUGAUCGCAUGCAGAGAGAAGAUAAAUACUGUCGAGGGGCCGACAUCUGGGCUUCACUCUGUUGCCUGGAACCUCCAUGUCCGUCGAGCUGAAACUGCCGCUCAACUUGCCCGUCUACGAGACAGCCGAUACGGCAUUCGUCAGGGCACAGACCAAGAUCGAUGACGACGAGGAGUUGAAGAAACACAUUCUUGAUGUCCGGGCCAGAGCGAAUUCCGCGUAUUUUUGUGUCCAGAACUUCGGCUUCACGCGACCGAAGAUUUCGAUGUUGCCGGGGUACUCGAAAGUGCUGGAUCUCGUCCGUGAGCGUCCGGACACGAUACUCCUAGAACUCGGAUGUUGCUUUGGGGCCGAUGUCCGGAAAAUCGUGAGCGAUGGAUUCCCGGCUGAGAACAUCGUAGCGAGCGACCUCAACGCAGGUAGUGAUAGGACGGAUGUCGGUCGAUGUGGCUCUGAUAUUCUUCAGAAUUCUGGCCGUUAGGCCAUGAUCUAUUCAAGACGAGUCCGAGCACCCUCCCCGUCAAAUUCUUGGCAGGAGACGCGUUUGAUGCUAGCUUCUUGCAGCCGUUCCCGCCACUGGAGGAUCUUAAAGAAAUUGAUACUGCCGUCCCGACGCUCGCAGAGUUGACGACUCUGACACCGCUCCGAGGCCACGUUUCUGCAAUCCACCUGUCGCUGGUGUUCCACUUGUUUUCCGAGCCUCAGCAGGAACAGCUCGCGCGCGCUCUGGCGGGGUUGCUUUCUCCGCGCCCUGGAUCGAUCAUCUUCGGUCAUCACGGAGCGAGCAGCAAGAAGGGGAUUUCCGAGGCGAACACGAGUGCAGGUCGGCCGAUGUUCUGCCACAAUGCCGAGUCGUGGGUUGAGCUAUGGACGUCGAUAUUUCCGGAGUCGACGGUUGUGGUGGACGCAGUAUUCAAGGGUGAAGACGGAGGCCCGUCGGAUUUCGGGAUGCUGGUUUGGUCAGUCACUAGAGUACGAUGAUUAUACAAGACGCAAGCUUGUCAGUAAGGCGCAGUUCGUCUGAUGCUGAACAGUAGCCAAAGCAUGUUACUGCUUAUCAAUUAAACGGCCUUGGAGCCCGGCGACUUGGGUGCACAAAAACGUAACUCAUCC